GGCGCUCGCAAAGCGAAAAACAAGCCCUCCACUUUCGGCCGUGACUCAUCGCGGUGCCAUUCGACUCCUGGUCCUGGAAAGGCGCGUGUUUGGGGGAAGCCGAGUAUCCGUGCCCGAGAAGCCCAAGGUUAAAGGAGUUGAGCUAUGAGGAGCGCAAUCAACCCAUUGCUAGCGCUGCCUUGGCUGUCGCUGUCGCUGCGCUAAGCUGCCUGGACUGGAAUUCUGUAAAACUAGCGACAUCUCUCGGUAUCGGUAAGUCGGCAUUUACCGACUCCCGCCAAAAGUUAUCGAAACCGCCAUUCUGUACACUGCGUUACCGACUAUCGAGUCGGUCGUCUGUCGCUAGUCGACUCGAUAAUUAUCGGGCUCCCAAGACCGCCCGAUAAGUGUUACCGACGGGGCGUUGUGACAGCUAGGCUGUCAAACCAUUCUCAAACAUUCGUUCUUAGUUGAGUGAAUUGAAGAGUUUUUGAACCAAGAAAGUCACCAGGAAUGGCUUUGGGAUACGCCGCGUUCGACUUGAUGUACCUAGAACAUCGUGUUCAACGAUUGGAACGUAAAGUCGAGACAAGAGCGUGGAGGGACACUCAUGAUCCUUUUGAACUUCAUGAUGAUCGGUUCAUUAAAUUGUUUCGUCUGAGCCCAGACUUGGCUACAGAACUGGUGGAAGAACUGCGUCCUGCACUGGAACGUCAGCGGCCCUAUGGAAUUUCUGUAGAGCAUCAGGUGUUGGCUGCGUUAAGGUUCUAUGCCACAGGAUCAUAUCAAGAAGCUGUUGGAGAGUCAUAUGAUCUUGCACUCAGCCAGCCCUCUAUUAGCCGUUGUGUGAGGGAUGUAACAAACGCCAUUAAUCAGCGACUUCUCCGAAGAUGGGUGAAGUUUCCUAUGACUCCUAAUGAUCGUUAUGCAGCCAAGUUGAAAUUCCAGAAUGCACCUCAGCCUUUUCCGGGAGCAAUUGGUGCCAUGGAUUGCACUUACAUUCAUAUUUUGGGUCCGAGUCAAAAUGAAGAAGCCUUUGUAAACCACCAUGGUGAUCACACCCUCAACGUCCAAGCUAUUUGUGACCCUGACUUUAAGCUGUUGAAUGUGAAUGCUCGCUAUCCUGGUGCCAGAAAUGAUUAUUUCAUUUGGAGCAACUCAGCAGCUCAGCGAGCCAUGAGGCGCCUGUAUCAAAAUGGUGAACGAGAAACCUGGCUUAUAGGAGAUGAUGGCUAUUUUGUAGAACCUUGGUUAAUGACACCUUUGAAGCAUGAAAGGGUUGGCACUCCAAGGUUUCGUUAUAAUGAAGCCUUGUGCAAAGCCAGAUGUGUUAUUGAGCGGUGCUUUGGUGUCUUCAAAGCACAGUUCAGGUGUUUAUCUGCUCAGAGGAAAUUGAUGUAUGAUCCAGAAAUGGCGGGCAAAAUAGUUAAUGCAUGUGCUGUAUUACACAACAUGAGAUUGGAAAAUAAUUUGCAUGAUGUGGAAGUUGAUCCAGAAGAAGUAGAACUUCAUCGUCGAGCUCAUCGACCCAACCCAAGAGAUGAGAGAGAUGACAAUGAUCAGCCUCUGACUAUGAGGGCUCAAGGGAUAAGGGUUCAAGAGCGUCUAAUAGCCAGGCACUACUCUUAAAAGUGUAUGGCGCUCCUUGUGGAAUGUGUCUGCAGCUUUUGGGAAGGAGAACAAAAUAUGCCCGUCUUUCUGUUUUUUACUGUAUUUACAACAAAAGGGGUUGAUACGUGUUUUAGGAGUUGCUGCUCCCUAACUAGCCUCGUAUUGACUCAAGGCUGACUGUGAUCAUCUAUGUCUGACCCCUUUCAAUAUUCAUGAAAUGAAAAUGGAAGGAGCCCAAGUUUUGUGAUAUGUUUUUAGUGCCCUCUUGGAGCACCAUGUGAGCGCACUCUAAAUGUCUUAUGGUGAAAGGCUGCACCAACAUAUUAUG